CAACACGACAUCCAUCUGUCAAACGAUUGCUCCUCGUCGUUCCCCUAAAAGUGUGUAAAGUUCAGCAAAGAAAGGCUAAAACUGCCAACACUCAAGUGAAAAUCGAAGCUGUCUGCCGGAAAAAUGGUUGAAUCCAAAUCGGAAAAACCGGAAGCCAACAAGGAAAACGCCGAUCCAUCCAAGGAGAUGGAAAUCGACGAGGAAGAGGAAGCCCCGUCAAAGGUUUUCACGAUCGAAAUUCUGAGGGUGAUCAAGGAUUUACAGCAGCAGCAUGGUCUUCGUCACGGGGACUUCCAGCGUUAUCGUGGCUAUUGUUCCCGGCGAGUCAAGCGUCUGCGGAAGACGUUGAAUUUGCCGCAAGGAGAUAAGCGACACUACAAGAAAAGGGACGUAACGUUGGCUAACUUGGAGAAGGAGAAUUCGGAUGAGCGGUUCAUUCAUAUUCCGCUGAUGUUGGCCGAAAGGGCCUGGGCUUAUGCUAUGCAGUUACGCCAGGAGUCUAAUACGGAACCGAGGAAAAGGUUUCAUCUGGUGGGAAAGCUAAGGAAGGCGACGGUUUAUGCUUUGCAGCUGCAGGAGUUGUGUAAUUCGGAGUAUUGCGAUGCCCGGACUAAGUUGGAAGCGGAGGCGUAUUCGGCUUGGAUUCACGGAUCGUUGCAUUUUGAGCUUUCGCUGUGGAAGAGUGCUGCGGAGAAUCUGAAGAAGGCGCAGGUCAUUUAUGAGAAUUUGGCGCAGGCUCUUCCGGAGGAAGAACAGGUCGUUUACAAGGCAAAGGUGGACGAAUUAACUCCGAGUCUGCGUUACUGCGCUUACAAUGUUGGGGAGAAUGCAUCGAUGAAUGAUUUGCUGGAGAUGCGGGGACAGGGAAUGCUGGACAAUUUGAGCACGCUGGUCGCUCAAACUAGAACUGAGAGCAUGGAGGCGUUCCAAACCACGGAAUGGCGUGGCAGGAAAGUCACUGUUCGUCCGGAAAAGGUACGUUUGUUCUUGUUGAGCAUUCAGGAUUUGGAGAAGAGCAUUGAAAAGGCGAAGGAUUAUCCGGCCAAGAUUGAACUGCUGGAGAAUGUUUUGUUGGACUGUAAGGAUGCAAUUUCGGCUAUUAAGGAUGAAAUCAAACAGGAUCCCAAGCUGAGAUCGAGCGGCGAAUCAGGAACGAUGACUGCUACUCAGUACUUGUUGACGUAUUUGUCGUACACCAGAUUGAAGUUGACCCUGGAGAGGAACCUGUUCAUGGUGGCUCAAGGAAAGCUAAGCCUGGAUGACCCAAACGCUCCGGAAAAGGUCCAAAUCGAAGGCAAGAAGACAAAGCCACAGGAUUUGUCACGUUUGUACGAAAUCAUUUUGCAGAAUGUGACGGAAAUGCAGCAGCUAACUGGCAUGGAAACGGAUGCCGCCUUUCAAUCCGAGGUUGAAACGAUGGCCCUCACCUUCAAAUCAUUCCGCUGUUACUAUAUUGCCAUCACUUUGGUAGCUUUGAAACGAUGGCGCGAAGCUGUGGCCAUGUACGAACGGUCCACCAAGUACGCAACGGAAGCAAUCGCCUCUAAAGCCAUUAGCAAGGAUUUCGAUUUACGCAACGACCUAAAACAACUGAUUCAGACCAUCGAAGGGUGCAAAUUCUCCGCACAUGCAAACAGCGUUCUAGAAGAAGAUACCACCGAGGAAUCGGUUCUUUACGGCAAGGCUACCAAAACGUCUAAACCCCUCUUCGAGCGACUCUCCACGUACAAAGAGGACGCUUCGCUCAACUCCCGCAAUCCGAAUGUGUUCAAGCUGACGCCGGAGAUGCAACCGAUUCCCGCCAAGCCGCUGUUCUUCGAUCUGGCGUUGAACUUUGUCGAGUUCCCGUCGCUGGAGGACAAGGUGGAACAGAAGGGCGGCGCCAAACAGGCUGCGGGCAUGUCCGGUUUCGUCAAGGGACUGUUCGGUUGGGGCGGAAGCGCUGGAAAGUAAGAUGCUGUUUUUUUAUUGUGUCGGUGGAAUGACCAGUUAUUAUUUUUGUUUGCUUUUCCGAAAUUGAUUGAUUAUUAAUAUAUGUCAACGUCUGUAAUGAAUAUGACCAAUAAAGUAUAGCGCAUUUGUUGUACCGGA